AUGAUCUUAGAAUUUGUUGUAAAGUUAAUCUUGUUCUCCAGAAAACCCAAAAGAGAGGAAGAACUAAAGUAUCUUGAAGUCAUCUCUGACGUUACCAAGGAAAUAUUGACUCUAGGAUUAUUUUCAAACAGGGUUUUAAUAAGAAUAUGUGAACGUUAUAUAGAACAAAACAAGCAUCGUCUAGAUGAAAGUAAAUUACGCCAUCUCCUGGAUGUGUUAAAAGAAGAUUUGGGUUGUAAACCGGAGUUGAAAACCUGGAGAACCACUGGUAAUGAAACUGUGGAAAAAUACCAGAGAAUGGAAUUUAAUUGUUGUGCUAGUAAAACUGCUGAUAUUUCAACAGACUGUAGAAGCAACUAUUCAUGGAAUCAUGUAUUUCAUGGCGAAUGUGGAAUCCAUGCUCAUUACCCCCAGAACGUUACAGGAAACCAUCAUUCUCACGUUAGUAGGGAACAAAACCAUGAAUUUCAUGACAUUGAAGGAAAGUAUUCUCUGGCUAUAAACAAUGAGGAAAACCUUUGUAGAUUACAUAAGGAACACUUAAGCCAUUGCUUGACUGUAAGUGAUGAGGAAACCACUUGCAGAUUACAUAAAGAACAUGCAGACCAUUCCCUGAUUGUAAGCAAUGAGGUUGAGGAAAACAUUUGCAGAUUGCAUAAGGCACAUGUCGAUCAUUCCCUGGCUACGAAGAAUGAGGAUGAAGAAGAUGUCUGCAGAUUGCAAACGAAACAGGCAGACCAUUCCCUGUCUGAAAACCAUGAAGAAAACCUAUGCAAAUUACAUGAAGAACAUGCGGUCCAUUCCAUCGACUAUGGGAGUGUUUGUGAUCACACAUCAGAGAUUCGCGAUCUUGGGAAAUCUUUUGCAGAAUGUCUUCAUACUGCUGAAGUGAAAGAGCACGACGAGGAGACCGAGAAUGCGGAGAUUGUAUCUGAAUGAAGUUAAGAUUCAGAAAUAGAUUGUGAUCAAUGUUUACUGUUUGAAGUUCAUUGCAGUUACACUUCUGAAAGUUACUCAUCUCAACAGAAUUUUACAUUUUAGUGAUGUACUGUCAUCUAACUGGUUAUUGACACUUGUCAGGUUUGUAGCAAUAACUGAUUUAUAGUUAUAACCUGCACUGUGCAAUACUUAGUGCAAUAUUUCUAAUUCCAGUGCAUGUUUUACUACAGAUAUAGUGUUACAGAAGGUUACCUAACCUUGUGCUUAUGAAAAGUUACCAAGCAAUACUUUUAUAAUAAUAAUAAUCCUUGCAUUUGAUAUAGUGCUUU